AUGAAUAAUAAUAUAGACGAUAAUAUUCAUAUUGAUGAACAUAUAAUAAAAAAAUCAUCUCGUGAAUCUCAUCCAUUAACACGUAAAUCUCGUUCAAUAAGUCGUUAUUUUCUUGGUAAUAAACAUUCAAGUAUUGAUAUAACAACAAAUGAUAUAAAUAUAACACGUUGUUUAACAUCUAUUGGUAUAUUUGAUUCAUAUGAUAUAUGGACAUAUGUAACAUUAUAUCAUAAUUAUAGAACAUAUAGACGUUUAUUUAUAAUAACAAAUAAAAAUGAAUUAAUUAUAAGUAAAUCAAAUAUAAAACAAUCAUUAUUAAAAAUAAAAUAUCGUAUUAAUUUAAAUCGUAUAUGGAUAUAUACAAAUAUUGAAAAUAUAAAUGAAUCUAUUAUAAAUGAAAUAACAUCAUUAACUUAUUAUGAUUAUCAUCGAACACUUAUUAUUGGUUGGCCAUUAGGUGAAAAUUUUCUUGUUGAAUUUGAUACAAAAAAUAUUCGUGAUACUUGGUAUACACGUAUACAAUCAACUAUAAAUUUUUGGUGGCAAUUAAAUAAUUCAAAUAUUGAACAUGUUCGUGUUGUAAUUGAUCAAAAUCAAGAUUAUGAUCAAAAUAAUAAUAAUAAUACAACUCCAUUUUUAAUUCGUAAAGUAAUUAGUAUUCGACCACAAGAAACUGUUCGAGAUUUAAUUAAAAAAUGUAUUGAUGCAUGUCAUUUACGAGUAUGUUAA